AUGUCUUCAAAAAGUAAUAAUAAAAAAAAGAAAGUAGUUACUCAACAAAUGCCAACUGCACAAGCAACUCUAGUUGCUCUUAUUUCUCCUUUUACAGAUUUUACUAAUUUGCAAAUGUUCUUGCAGCAACAACAACUACGCAAUUCUUUUAUGAACCCUCUAACCUUAAAUAAAGCAAAUACCGAACAUGAAGAAACAAAAGCAGAAACUCAAAUGCUUAUUGAAAAAGUAGGAAAUAAACAACCAGCAUUGCAGCGAGUAAAAGAUCCAAGAGAGAAAGAUAAAAUUAUUUCAAAUAUGCAAAGUUCCUCUAUUGCAAGUUCAACUUUAAAAAAAGCUAAGAAAGCUGUUCAAAAUCUGGGAAUUUUACAAUAA